GAGAGAGAAUCGGAGGGACAGACAGACGGAGGGAGGGAGACAACAUGAGGAACUCCGGGCUCACGUACGACCCCAAAAAAGACGGUAACACUGAUGCGGCUGGUGGAAGCCGCUGCCCUGCAGCUCCAGUGAUCCGGCUUUGGUCCUGCCCUCUGCUGCUGUGACCGUGAAAUCAAUGGCAUUCCAGAGGAAAUGGAGUUUCUUCCAGCAAGUAACCAGAAGAAGUUGGAGAAACGCAGCCCAAAGGAGAGAAUGCUGCUUGUGGGAUUGAUUAUUGGGGCUGCCCUAUUAUCCCUGAUGAUUGGACUCCUUGUUUGGCAUUUUCAUUUUCGGCCAGAUAAUCGAAUCAAGAAAAUGUACAAUGGUUACCUUACUAUUACCAACAAGCAGUUCACUGAGAAACUGGAGGAUUCGGAGUCGGAGGCAUUUAAGCAACUUGCUGCCACGGUUGAGGAAACGCUUCAGAAUACUUACAUGGGGAUGGACGCAGUGGCUCCGUAUUAUGUUCGUUCCACUGUUAGUGCAUUCAGUGAAGGUUCCGUGAUUGCUUAUUACUGGCUUGAAUGUUGGGUCCCACCAGAGAAUGCAGCAGAACUUGAUGCAGCUAUACGAGCAACAUCGCUUUCGAUAUCUGGCAGAUCCCACCCAGGUGUCUCAAAAUCACUGAGGAUUGCUGAGUUAGUUGUUGAUCGUGCUGAUCCACAGAGGGUGAAGCCGCCAAAGGACAAAAGCUGCUCCUUUGAUCUGCAUGCAGUUCCUGGGAAGGUCGGCACAUUCACCUCACCCGGAUUCCCCAAUUCCCCCUACCCCUCCAACGCCUGGUGCCAGUGGGUGAUCCGAGCAGAUCCCCAGCAUAUCCUCGAACUCAACUUCGUGACCUUCGACCUGGAGAAUAUUUGCCACAAUGACUUUGUCGUGGUCUAUGACUCUCUGAGUCCGAUUGAACAGCGGGAAAUAACAGAGCGCUGUGGCAUGUAUCCUCCAACAAAUGCAUUCAAGUUAAUCUCCUCACGCAACGUGAUGCUGGUGACGUUGAUGACGGAUGAUGAUGAGAAUUACCCAGGAUUCAAAGCGGAGUUCAGGCAACUUCCAAAGAUAAAAGAGUGCAAUGAGGUACUGGAAGGAUCGGGAAACAUCUCUUCCCCAUAUUACCCAGCAUAUUACCCGCCUCGAGCAAACUGUACCUGGAUUUUGAGGGUAGCUCCCUCCAAACACGUAAAAGUCACGUUCAAUGUAUUCCUUUUGCAAAAUCCGGACAAGGACAACAUCUGCAGGGACUACGUGGAAAUAAACAACAAGAAGAUCUGUGGAGAGAAACCGAAGAUGGUGGAACUGGGCAAUAAGAAUGAGAUGACAGUCAAGUUCCAUUCUGAUGGGGCUGAGUCAUUUCGAGGAUUUUCUGCUAUGUUUGAACCUUAUGAUCCUAGUAAACCUUGCCCGAAGAAGUUUGCCUGCAAUAAUGGCCGUUGUGUUCAGUUGGACCUGAAGUGUGACGGUUGGAAUGACUGUGGAGACAACAGCGAUGAAAUCAACUGUGAGUGUAGCAGUGACCAGUUCCACUGUGGUACAGGGCUCUGUAAAUCGAUGUUUUGGGUGUGUGAUGGUGUCAAUGACUGUGGCGAUAACAGUGAUGAAGCAAAUUGUGAAUGUGCAGUUGAUGAGAUGAAGUGUAUGAAUGGAAAGUGUAUUCCUGAGGUACAGAGGUGCAACUUGGUGGACGAAUGUGGGGACAGAUCUGAUGAGCAGGGUUGCAGUGAAGCCGAGAACACUGUGGCCUGUACUGAUUACACGUACAAAUGUAGGGACGGUAGCUGCAUCAAGAAGAAGAAUCCUGAGUGCGAUGGGACCAGACAUUGUGCUGACGGGUCUGACGAGCAGAAUUGUGAUUGUGGGACUCGACCGUACAAGCACUCCCGUAUUGUGGGUGGUAUGGAUGCGGAGAUCGGAGAGUGGCCUUGGCAGGUCAGCCUGCACUUCAAGAAGCUCGGGAGUACAUGUGGAGCCUCAGUGAUCUCCAACAACUGGCUGGUGUCAGCAGCCCACUGUUUCCAGGAUUUUCAAGGCACCAGAUACUCUGAUCCUGGUCACUGGGUUGCGUACCUCGGACUUCAUGUUCAACAUAAGUUGAGUGAUCGAGUGGUGAAGGAGAACAUCAAACGGAUCAUUGUUCAUGAAAAGUACAACCCACAGAUGUUUGAUAAUGACAUUGCCCUGUUGGAGUUGGCUCAUCCUGUGACUUUCACCAGUGUCAUUCAACCCAUCUGUCUCCCCGAUGCUUCACAUGACUUCCCUGUGGGUAAAUCCACCUGGGUCACAGGCUGGGGCAAAACAAGUGAAAGCGGUCCUGUUGCCACGGUCUUGCAGAAAGCUGAGAUACGGAUCAUCAAGAGGAAAGUCUGUGAUAAUCUGCUGAGCAGUGCCGUCACCUCCCACAUGUUGUGUGCUGGGUACCUGAGCGGAGGCAUUGAUGCGUGCCAGGGUGACUCUGGAGGUCCCAUGUCCAGCGUGGAGGAAAAUGGGAAAGUAUUCCUUGCUGGGAUUGUCAGCUGGGGAGAUGGCUGUGCCAGGAAGAAUAAACCAGGAGUCUAUACCAAGGUGUCAAACUAUCGCCAGUGGAUCACACAACACUCUGGAGUGUAGCGCAUUAAUGUGUAUGUCGUUCUAGCCUGGGUGUAUCAGAUAAAUUGUUCCAUCCUGGAGAACUGAAGCUUGGAGCACACUUUCACUUGUAUCAUUGGUUCCUGCUACUGAGACUCUCCCAACUUGUAGAUAAUGUAUAAAAUUUCAUGAAAUCAAUUCCAUCAGUGAAGAUAUUCUGUGGGGUGACUGGUCAUUUCUCAUCGUACUGAACCAGUAAAUGCUUGGGGGUGUAUGGAUGAGGGGAUUAGUACAAUGAGCUGGAACACUCCAGAUAACCCUCACUCCCUCCCCUCCCCCCACAGAUGGACUGAAGGUUGGUCAGACUGGGCUAGGAGCAGGUUGGUUGCUCAAAGCAUGCCUUUUAGUUUCAAUUCACUUUAUAAAAUUCUGUGAAGGAAAGUAACUGUUCCAGUUUUGUAUUGAAUUCAACAUUACUGAACCUGCUGGGAGCCAGAAUGAUGUUUUCAGGGCUAAAUGCAUGGCCAUUGGUAUUCACCAUGAUCUCUCAGUGACUCUCAGAACCUUUCAAACUAUCAGUAGAUUGUGAGUGCUUUUAUUCUGUGAUGUAUACAUAAUGUGACACAAAGGUUUUUAAAUUCUGUUCUAGUUUAUUUGGUCUGUUCAAUGAUUGCGAGAGGCUGACCUUGGUGUUACUCCCAGCACAUAUUAACUAAGGAAUUACUCUUUCUGCUCAAAACAUAAGUGGCUUCGUGCGGGUACAAGGCAGGCCCACUGACCUGGGGUGAGCACCCCGUUCUGCACCCCUGCUGGAGUUCUGCCUCCCUGGGGGGGCUGUGGUGAGCUGACCUCAGUCAGGCCUUGAGAUGAAGUUUGCUUCUCUGACCUUUUGAUGUCAAAUUUCAAGCAUGAAGGAAAAAUUCAGAACAAAAGCAAAUGUCGAGGUUUAAGUUAGCAGGAGUUUUCAGUUCACAAUCAGGUCAAGGUGACCAGUUGGCAAUACAAUGGUUUGAAUGCAACAAGGGUUUUCUUUGUGGUAUUCAUGAAGUUUGAGUCAUGUGACACCACACACAGCCACUGAGCUUUGUUCCAAAAGAUCUUAGUCGAGCAGAGCUGAUUCAGUCGGCCCUUGCCAAGUGCUGAUCAGUGUUUGUGGAUUCCUGUGAAAGAGAUGGAGGCAGAAGAGUGUCUUCCUGAUGUAUGUGCUGCUGUUUUAACUUCUGUCUGCUUUCCCACUGGAGGGUCAGUGUUUUACUGAUAGUGUUGUACCGAUACUGUCUUGCUCAGCAGUGUUUUUAUACGCAAAAUUUUCUACUGAAAAUAAACUGGAAGUGAAUGUA